AUGGCUCUAGACCCGCGUACCGCCUCUGACGGCACCGGCUCAGACGUGAGGAACAUGUCGCACGGGCGUGGCGGCGCAGGCAACAUGGCCAAGACGUCGCGCCGCGAGUCGUCGUCCAACCCGCGCGAUCUGGUGACGCCGACGAUCAAGUCGGCGCUAUACACGACGGGCCGCGGCGGCACGGGCAACAUGGCCCGCAACGACCCGCAGCACCCAGAGAUCGCGCGCGCGGCCCAGGACGUCGAGGCCCCGCCCGGCGCCGGCCGCGACCACGAUGGGCCCAAGCACUUCGGCCGCGGCGGCGCCGCCAACGUGACGACGGAGAAGAGUGCGAGCCCCGAGGAGGAGAGGGAGAGGCUGGUUGAGGCCAAGGGGGGCGCCACGGCCGCGCCGACGAGCCACGGUCAGCACGAGGACGUGAGGGGGCUGGGCGAGAAGGCCAAGGACCUGCUGGGGAAGAUUAAGAAGUGA